CGGCAAUAAACGGAGCAGCAGAGAAGAGUAGACCUACAACAUCCGGGCAAUAGUCAGCUUGCGCAGAAACGGAAUGGCGGAGGUGGGUGAUAAGCAUCUAAACAUGAAUGCAGAGCUUGUGGCCUAGUGGAGAGUGGAGGAGAUACAGCAAUGAAGGCCCUCAUCUGGAGAAGCAGAAGUCUUUACGGGUCUUAGAGGAGUUGGAGGAGGAGAAGAGUCCUCGCUCGAUGAAGAUGGCGACACCAUCCCACACUGCCAGUGAGCUUCCCUUGGAGGAGCUGUUGGCUUUCUAUGGCUAUACAGUAUCAGAUCCAGAGAAGGAGACCUGUCACAUGGCUGCCAGUUUGCCAGACAUGACACUGGACAAGGAUCAGAUAACUGAGGAUCUCUUCCCUGGGGAGCAGGAAGAAUCAUUAGCCGACGAUCUCACCCCCUCAGUCACCUCAAACACCUCGGAUCUGCUUCGCCGCAUCCAAGGUGGAGACAAAGACACAUUGAUCAGUUCAUCAGAUGAAGACUCUGAUGAUGUCUCUAUUCCAUCCAAUGAAGAGCAAAAGGAGAUCAUGGUUGGCUCCAUGUAUCAGGCAAAAAUCCCUCCAAUCAGCCCGUACACCUACCAGGAGAGAGCUUACAGCACCGAAGACCAGUUGUUGUGGAGGCCAGGGGUUCUGCCAGUGCAUGAAGUGGAGGAGUUCUUGCUGAAUGCACAAAGACCCCGUGGCCAGGAGGAGGCAGUAGGAACCGAGGAGGUCAUUGUCCAAGACAAUGAACAGGCACUGUACGAGUUAGUGAAAUGCAACUUUAAUGUCGAAGAAGCACUGAGGCGAUUUCGUUUCAACGUGAAAGUAUUCAGUGAAGAGCUCUGCUCCUGGAGCGAGGAGGAGUGCAGGAACUUUGAGCAUGGGUAUCGAGUUUAUGGGAAAAACUUCCACCUCAUUCAGGCAAAUAAGGUACGAACACGCUCAGUGGGCGAGUGUGUGGAGUAUUACUACAUGUGGAAGAAGUCUGAGCGUCACAAGUACUUUACUCAGCAGGCUACCAGGCUGAGCCGCAAGAAGUACAGCCUGCAAUCAGGGAGCAUGGAGGAUGGAGACCAGGAUGGGGAGGUUGUGGAACUCGAGGGAAACAACAGUUCCACAAGGUUGUUGCCUCACAGCUCCAUGGGCACAGGGCAGCUGGAGUCCCCGUUACCUCCACAGUCGAACCUGGACCAGGACAAACAAGAUGGCGAGCUGGUGAUGGGCUUGUCAGAGCUGUGCGGCGACGAGUGUCCUCAGCAGCUGUUCGGAUGUCCUUUCUCUCUCCCGCCCAUAGACGGCCUGCAGGAAUCUGGCUCAGAUAGUUGUUGUCCUUCAGCUCCAGUCCAGCUCCAGUCUCAGCUCUUUGCUGAGACCUCCCAGUGGGCCUGCGGGAACUCUCCGGCCCUCCAUGACAACCACGGGCUCCCAAACUCUUGUUUCUUUCAGCUACACAUGCGUGGCGAACAUUUACUUUCUGAGGGCCCUGACUGUGGCACAGUGAGCGGUGGGGCCAGUGCUUCCCACAUGCUGCAGGUGGAAUUUAGCCUGCCGUCCUCUUCAUCAUCCUCAACCGCUGUCCUCCCGUCACACUUCCAGGCAUUCAGCAGUUUGCUUCACCCCUCACCCGUCCAGCAUCCUCGCUCUCUCACACAGUGAAGGGGACAUGGAGAUAUCUAAGUGGUACUCUGUGUAAUUUGCCCUGUGUGUUUUUGGUUGGUAGUGAUCUUUUACAGCAGGGUGAAAAAGAAAUGAGAGGACAAAAAGUGCGUUAAUGCAACUUGCUUGAAAACAGAUGGACCUAUUACCUGUGUUAGCAGGUGACUUGUGUGCCUCUUCUUAAAAGGAGGCGCUUGAAUCCUACGCCCAUUGUGGAAUGAUGACUGUGUUAAUCACUACUUUCAGGCAUUGAUUAUAUGCUGCUGUCCAUUAUUCCUGAAACUGAUUAUUGACAAUGUUGACCACUGCUGCUUUGUUUUCUUAUUUAUCAGAACAGACAAAUUUGACUGCUGCUCAGAUUUGGUUUUCCCCCCCAGAUUCUUACCGUGAAUACAGACAACAUGACUGUUUUUAUGCUCUUCAUAUCAGUCAGCAUUUUCACUGCUGCAGCCAUUUCAGAUCUGCUAUUGGACUGUACCUCACCUGAUGUAAUACGGGGGUGGGGGGGUCUGACUACAGAGUAGUUUAUUUAAACAUUAACUUAAAAUGUUUUCUCCUUUCUUGGCCCUACAUAUCUGCUUUGUCUUUAUUCUACACAAAAGUUCAUCUUUCUUAAGAUUUAAAAAAAUAUGAACACCUUAAAGGAAAAAAAGUUCUACGGUUGAUUUGAAUAUGCAGCAAUGCUUCUGUGGAAAUUUUCCUCUUUUUUCCCACCACUGAAAAUGUAUAUAGAUUUAUAAAGGUGCAGGGUUUUGUCAUCAGUCAUGAACACCAUUUCUCGUAUGAUGAAUAACUGCUACCAUGACGAGCCUGUUUCAUAUAAUGGGCUUAAAAAUGAAAGACUGAAAUAUAAAACUUUACAUGCUAAGCUGCCAUAUACAGAAGUGAGAAUACCCGUGUGCAAUAUCGCUGAAAUAUAAAACGGUUCACGAGUGAAAUAUUUCCACCACAUAAAGAUAAAACAAAAACAUAAAAUAUACAUAAGCACAAAAACAAACAAACGCAGUUGUGGUCAGAAGCUUACACACGAGUCAUCAUGUGCAUGAAUGUCAUUGAAAUCUGGGGCUUUUAAUUAUUUCUUUGAACUGUUCAGUUUCUGGGGAGUCAUCUUUAAUGACUUUACAAACAUGAAUUGUGUUUGAAUUUGUUUUCGAUCUUCACUAAUCCACACAAUGUCAAAAAUGUACAUAGAGCUUUUCAGAUUUAUACAUUUGGUUAAAUUUCCUUUAUCGACCUGCAGCUGAACCAGACACCUUAGUAGCUGACAUUUCCAGCUGUAAAUUUCUCCCCUCUUCUUGGCAGAUUUGGUAGAGUUCAUACCCAUGAUGUAUGUAAACUUCUGACCACAACAAAAAGAUCAGCGACAAGUCAGAAAAUCUGAUUACUGAAACCAAAACAAGUCCUUCUCAGAUCUCCAGUUAGCCUGGAUCCAUUAACAUGAGCAUCAGAACGUACAGUUUAUUUAUUUAUGGGUGUCUAUCAGCAAAAGAACAGAUGCAUAAAUAAUCAGAAGAAGUAGAUCAAACCACAGUAGCUGUUCUCUAGCACGGGCUAGCUCUUGAAAACACAGCCACGUGUUAGAUGACUCACAUACGUUCACCACAACGAAUAGGAAGUCUCUCUCCAGCACAAAACUGUUACAAACAUGAGAAGAAGCCUGACGCUUAUUAGGAGCAGAUUUCUUAGUCAGAUGACGGAUGAAUUUGUUUUCCCUAGAUUUGUUCCAGCAUGUUUAGCAUAAGCUGGGCCAAGACCACCACAGUGAAUACAGUCCCAGCAGUGAGGCAGGGAGGUGGGACUGUGGCUGGAUGAAGUGUUGGGGGAAUGUUUCUUGAUAUCUUGAUAAAUGUCUUUAGAUAAAUUACUGGUUGACAGGAUGACUCCAAGUCUCCAGAAUUUUCAAAAAAGAUUGUCACUGCCAAAAGUACCAUAGGAAGAAAAUAGUUUAAACUGAGACGACCACAUCUGAAUCCAACAGAGCACCAUAUGAGUAUUUUAAAGAGAAAGGCAGAGCAACAAGGAGCAGCUGAGAGGACUGUCGAACAUUGAAGCCAACACGCUGAGUAAUUAAAAAAAUCAAGAUUUUUGUUGCUGUUUUGUCUGUUUUUAAUAUAAUAAAUUAAAUGUUUUAAUAAAAUAUUUAAAAAAAAAUUAAAAACUUCAGUUUUAUAGAUUAAAUGUGACCUUGCUGUAAGAAUAUUGAUAUUACAUGUGUUGCCUUCCAGCUAGUGCCUUGGAGGUUGUUGUUUUUUAUUUUAAUUUUCUAUGUAUAUCCCAUCCAAAGGGCACUUCAAAUAAAGCAACAAAGAAUCCAGAAGAUGAACAAA